GCCGAUUUAUAGAUAAUAACAACAUAGCUAUUAUAUUUGACCGAGGAAAAUUCGAUACGAGUAAUAAUAAUAUGAUUGGGUACCUAAGUAGUUUAAACUCAUUUUUUCUUCCGACCAUUUUCGUGAAUUGUUUGCUAUCUUUGACGCGAAUGUGGCAACGUCACCGCGAUAUCCGCACGUUUGAAGAAAAAUCGAAAAUGUUUAUUGAAUUUUUCUCGGUCUUUAGACUUAUAAUAAUACAAUAAGUAAUAGCGUGAUGCGAAUGACGAGCGCCACCAUAAUAAUUCAAACUGGUUCGAGACCCAACGACGCAGAGAGGUGGAUUUCUUGGAGCACGAGUACCGUUAUGCUGCACGGUUCUGUACACGCUCGUCUCAAUGUCAGUGUGUAAGGUCGUUGAUCCGGACGCAGGUAUACGGUGUGUAGUGUUCGUAAAACGUAAUCCCGUCAAUAAUCAAAUACGCUAAUUAAUAAUGUUACACUAAUCGUGUAACUACACUUUCGUAGUGUAAUAUUUGUAUUAUUAGUGUAUAUGUUUUCGUAUUGAACUACCAAUGGCAAUUACGAUUUUCGCGACCGAAGUGACGUGACGUGACGUGACAAUGAAUCCGCCGCGCGAACCUCAAUUAUUGUCGUGCGCGAGUUGCGUGCGAUAUUUUCGUGUGCCUAUUUAUAGUAUUGUUAUUUAAAGCAGAAUAUUGAAGUUUUUAUUUUUUUAUUAUGUAACGAAAACGCGUUGAAUCUGGGUAUUUUUUUCCAUUGGAAAAAUCGGUAUGUGUUUUACAGUAUAAUAGGCUACAAAAUAAUUAUUUAUAAUAUUGUUUUACGGUAGUUUAUAAUUUUUUUUUCCACAACCAUUGAAUAAAUUUAAAAAAAAAACACUAGGUAUGGGUAGUGGCGUGCGCAGCGGUGAGAGAUUAGGGGUUAUACUCGCCUCACAUUGGCUUAAAAAUACAACGGUUAGGUAUAUGAGUAUUUAUUUAGUAAUUUUAUAUCGAAAUUACAAUGAAAAAAGAUUGAUUUAUUGAUAAACAAAUUGAUUUUUUUUGAUCUUAUACAUCGGGUUGGGUAUAACUUAUACAUAACCCUAAUUCUUCUGGUAUGCCGUAUAACAGAAGAAUACUCGACAAUUUGUUCAUGAAUCAUGAUAGGUAUUAUUAUUCACUAUGUCCACUCCCAUUGAAAUUUCCUGGGCACUAUAGGUAUGUAAUAUUAUACAGGUACUAAAAUAUCUAUACAGCGCGGAAUCGUAAAAAAUAAAUAUUAAAGUAGGUAGAUUCAGAUUUUCCCCUGAAAAAAAAAAAAAAACGAAAUAAUCACAGUGAAACCUAUGCCCGUAUAAUAUUAUUACCCGAACACAGUUAUUAUAUUGAUAAAUAAUAGUAUUAUUUAUAUGCAAUAUUUUGUCUGGUCUACUUUACCGAUAUUCAAUAUCGAUGUAUCUAUUAUAGCGGAGUUAUUAUUUUAUAUUAUAAUAUCAUCUUCUAUAGGUAUAUAGUUUGGGGAAAAAAAAAACGAUAUUUCGUCCGUUGGAUUUUAUAUUAUUGCGAAUCGCGUGCAAAUAAAAAAAAAAAUUAGGUUAGAAAUACUUAUAAACACUGCAGGUAAUACCUACGUGUCUGUCGUCACGUCGCCGGGCGCCGUUCCUUUCUUCUUUUCGCCACUUCCGCCACUGCCGCGUACCUAAAUACCUAUAACCGGGUAAAUAAUAAUAAUAAUAAUAAUGUAAUUGGCACUAUCGUCAUUGGAUAGAGGUAGGUACCUAAUAGUAGUUUCACCGUCGCCGAAACACACGAUAGUGACCUCUCUCGAACGUCAGAUCGCGAUAUUUUGCCCCCGGCAGUCCUAAAUUCUUAUUAUAAUAUCUUUGGUCCCAGCGAAGAAAGGCUUCAGUUAAUUUUUUGGGUUUUUUCUGUUCAACGUUACACCGUGAUGUAUCAUCAUUUCUUCCCCUUUAUUUUAUUGUGACAUAAGUGUAUGCGUUUUCAAAAUGAGUGUAUUAUUAUUAUAGUGUGUGCACAAGUGUAUACGUAUUUUCGAAAUUUAAUUUGAUUGUAUAUUGAAAACCAUACAAAAUCGACUUAAGCCCUUAUUGCCUGGGACUAUAGACGACAAUAAAUUCUUCUAUAUAUAACACAAUAAUAUAAUAAAGCAGCCGUUGUGAUAACAUGCGGUACUUAUGAGUGGCGUGGAAGCUAUACCCGCGGUUGGAGCGAUAGCGGGGGCCGCGUCGCAAGUAGCCUGGUUCCUGCCCGUCCUGGUAGCCGCCAUAGCGUACUUCCAUUUCGAGAUCAACGAUCCGGAGUCGAGGAUCAUAGACCAGCCCGGCGAAUUGUUCCUCAGCCAGUACGAUUUUAUCAUAGUCGGCGCGGGAUCGGCAGGUGAAUAUUAUUAUUGAAUCGCGGUGAAUUGAUCGUCAACUGCAAAUUGGUCGUAAAAAUAAAUACAUUUUAAUUAUAUUACAAAAGUGUAUAAAGUAUAAGUUUAAUCUUCAUAUUAUGGAUUAUAAUUCGUGUAUAAGUCUAACAGUACGUUAAAUGUAUUCUAUAAUUAAUUGCGGAUUCACAGACGGAUCCAGGAUCUGUUUACGGAGGGAGCACUUAAAUUUAAAAAGUGUCUUCUAUACUGCAUUAUGCAUUAUUAAUGAAACCAUAUAAACGAAUUUAAUUUAAUAUAACUAUAAUAUAGUAAUUAUAUAAAAAAAAGAAAAAGAGAUAGACAUAUUUCGCACGAUGAGUGGAGUGUGUGAGUAAUAAAUUGAAAAGGUAGGAUACAGAAAGAAAUUUAAUGUAUUUUUAUAUGAAACAAUUAAUCAUUGCUCAUAAAAAACUAUUAUGAGCGGAGUUCGGUUAUACAUGAUUUAAAAUGGCCGUAAUAUUUACAAUUUUCGUCAAAAUUCGAUAUUAAAAUUCAUAAAAAAAAAUUACUACUUUAAACUCAACUUUUUCUUGUUGACCUCUAAAUACAACUUAUAAUGAACCUCCAGGUAUAUUUUCUGUCUGGUCUAAUAAUUUUAUCCUCGAACUACCUACCGAAUAAUUAUUACGUAAAAAACUCGCAAAAUGAAAAUGUCUAUAAAUAGCUCAAAAUUGCUUAUAUUUUUUGAAAACCUUACCACGUCUAAAAAAACAAAUAUAAGAUUCCUGUACAAAUUUCAAGACUCUACGAAUAUUUUAAACUGAAUUUACAACAAUAAAAGCAUUAUUUUCGUAAAUUUUCCCUUUUCCCCGGUUUUUUUUCAAUUAAUAUGAAAAUUGCUUAGCAUAUAAAAAAAAUACCUUUCUAAAGUACCAACUAGAUAUAAUUUCCUUUCGGAAAAUGUUCUAUACUUGAUACACUGAAAUAAGAUUUCUGGUAGAAAUUGUGUACACAGUAUAAAAAAAUAAUAAUAAUAGUAAUAAUAAUCAUCAUUAGAAAACAAAUACAUUUUAUUUAAUUCUAUAUUAUAAAAUAAACUAUACUAAGUAUAAAUACUUAAAGUAUUAGUGUGGCUAUGGAAAACGACUUAACAAAAUUAAAUUGAUAAAAACAAAAAAAAAAAAAGAUUAAUUAAUAUAAACAUGUAUUUUUUUUUAUUUUGAAAAUCACUUAACCGGCGACCAAUUUUGUAGACAUGAUAAAUUCACUGGCGGUUAAUGAUGGUUCACGUUCAAUUAUUGUUCAUGAUCAUUUACCGGAAACCAUUAUUAUUUUAUGAUUUUUGUGGUGGGGGGAAAGGGGUAGUUCUAAUCAUGAUUAAAAAAUAUUAUUAAUCGCACGCGCGGUGUGCAACAGGUGCAGUAUUGGCGAAUAGGUUGACAGAAAUUGACGAUUGGAGCGUAUUGUUGAUCGAAGCCGGCGGAGAUGAAACGGAAAUAUCCGACGUGCCUCUGUUGGCCGCCUACUUACAACUCACACAACUUGACUGGCAAUACAAAUCCGAACCCCAAGACACCGCAUGUUUGGGUAAGUGAAUGAAUCGAAAUGACAAGAGAAAGAAAUAUGGCGCGAGUACCUAAAUAUUCGUCUUUUUUUUUACGGUUUUUAAAUAGUUUACAUGAUCGUGUAUAGUUCUUGUUACGGAUAAGAUCUAUAUUACACUCGGGUUACAAUAAAAGAUAACGACCUAAUUGCAUUUGGAACAGAAUUAUGUAAACAUGUAAUGGCCGAACUGCACUCGUCAAGAUAGGUGUUGGUUAAAAAUUAGUUUCUUUACGGGAUAUACAUAAUAAAUAAAAAGCUUAUGGCCCAUAUAUAUGCUCAAAAAUCAAUUACCAAAAAAGAGCAUUUAAAUUCAGUUUCUUAUAUUACUACAAAAACAAUUUCAAAUAACAUCAGUAAUAAUUUUACAAGUUAAAAACAUGCUUUUUAAAGAAAAAAAAAUUAUUUUUAACCAUGCAAACGGUUAAACCCGUAAGCAGUCAAUCCCGUAAGCAAGUCUUUAAGUUAGGGAUAUGCGUCAAUAGAUAGCGGAUAACCGAUAGUGCGACAAUUGGGAGCGGUAAAUUGAUCGCGAGCGACUUUUCAUAGUAAGACAAUUUGAAGCGCCGUAUAGAAUUCAAAAACCAAACAAUUAUUAAAUAAAUGACUAUAGUAAUAAAUAUUACAAGUCACAAUUAAAAUUUAGAUACAUAAUAAAAGUAUAAUACAGGUGAUACACUUAAUUGAAAACACCCAUUAUCUCGGAAAGUAUUAACUUUUUUCGAAUUUUUUUUUUUUGAAAAUUUAAGAAUCAAAUGUUUUAAAAUGUUACAUUGUCAUUUUUUUUUGUAUCCCUUAUUUUUGGGAGUGAAAUGACUGUCAUUACUGUCGUACCGCCACACAAAUGAUACUCCACUACUCUCCUCCAACCGAAACUUAAAAGUGGAUUAUCUCGUCAACGGGUUGACGGAAAUCAAAAAUUUCAACACCAAAAUUUAUCUAUCUAUGUAAGGCAUUUUCAAAAUAGAUUGCCAUUUGAAAAUCAAAACUAGGCAGUCAUUUCACCUCCAAAAAUAAGGGGUAAAAAAUUAUAAUUUAAUAUUUUAGAAUUAUUUGAUUCCUAAGUUUUUAAAAAAAAAAAUUUCGAAAAAAGUUACUACUUUCCAAGUGUUUCCAGUUGAGUAAAUCACCCUGUAUAAAAUUUGACGAUAUUUAUAGGUUAGACAACUACGAUAAAAUUUUACCUGUAGCUGGAAAUUAUGUGCUAUACCUCUGAGAUAAUUUUUAAUUGUUCUAUAUUGUCAUAAUGUAAUAAUUUUUUUUUGAUUUUAGCACUCCGAUCUUUAUACAAUUUUUUUGACGGUGGUUCUAUAUUAUUCUAUUUUCAUCCUGUUUAUUUGCUCCUUUUUUUGUAACGCAUUUAUAAACUUCCAUAUUGUUGGGUAUGAUGAAGAGUUUAACAUUGUAGAAAAACAAUUGUGCCAUCCUUCUACGAAGUUAUUUGUUCGGGGUAAAUCAGCAGACACUAAAGAAUAGCAGUUCCAUAUAUUUAUUCGAAAAUUAGGGUCUCUUCUCUUUUUAUUUCUGUAUAAGUGAUCAAUCCAAUUUCCCUUAAAAUAAUCUAUUAAUGGCAUCAUUUUCUCUUUAUUUUGAAUAUAAAAAUCCGUUUCUAAAAGUUUUUCAAAUGCAUCAACAACUUUAUUUGUUGAUACAUACGUCAAAGCUGGUAACAUUCGUAUGUAUAAUGCAAAAUCUAAAUAUUUCCUAUAUUUUUUUGUAAUACAGUUUCUUAAACGUGACACCGCCAUACACAUUGUGAUAAAUGAAAAAAACAUCCAUUUAUAGAUGCAUUCGGAAACUCAAAUUUGUCAGCAUUCAUUGUCCCCCUUUCAAAGUCCAUCGUUAUAUUAAGUGGGUUUAUAUUAGGUAUAUUAAUACCUUUGAAAUCAUUAGAUUUCAAAGCUUGAAACAUUAAAAUUUUUAUGUAUUUUUCUUUUUAUCGGGUAGUAAAAUAUACACGGAUGGAAUAAAAUUCGAAUAAUAAACAGCGUGAAUAGUAUGAAUUUGUUAAAAUAUUUUAUGGGCACAUGGGAAUGUUCAGUCGUGACACCAAUUUUCACAUUUAUCUGUUAAUUCGAGGUUUCGUUUUAUACAGAAUAGAAUUCAAUUUGUCACCAUUCGUUGUUCACGAAUCGGUCUGGAAUUUCAAAAUAAAAAUUUUGAGGAUUUAUUGAAGCUCCUAAAUGAGAUUGAUACUUUCUGAACGGUACUUUUUUGAGUUGAUUCGUAUGGUAAUUGUCUAGCAACUGAAGCAGAUACCUUAAUAAUAACAUUUAAAUAAAAAUAGUAGGUACCUGAGAGCAAGUCUUCCAUUGACUGAAUGCGUGGAAUUAAAUGUGCAUAUUGCAUUUAUUUUUAUCUCAUUUAUUGCAGUUUUAACUUCUAUUUGCGUAAUAUCAGGAAUAUGGUUAUGGUAAAUUUUAUUUUAAAUAUUUUAUUAUUGAGAUCACCAAUAACAUGAACGCGGUCUCGGCAUUUAUUUUUUAAACGUACGCAUCUCCAUAUUGUCUUUUGUACUCGAUUUUUUUCGUAAUGAUACAUGAAACCCUACAUCAACUAAUAAAUUUGAUCCCCUUUCACUUUUAAUAUAUUUUGAAGAUUUUUUAAAAUUUUAACUACUAUGUAACUAUUAAGUGUAGACUGUUAUACGGUUGUUAUACCGACUGAGCAACUAAGCAUAAUAUAGUAUAGCAUAAUAGUUUCAUUAUCUUUAUUGCCUAUUAUUUCAGAUAGUUAUAUUUAGUGUAUAUUGAUAUAUUUAUCGGUUUUGGUUUUAUUCGGUACGACGCUAUAAAUUGUCAUUCUAUGAAAAGUCGCUCGCGAUCAAUUUACGCACUAUAAGUUGACCGCGCUAUCAAUUAUCCGCCGGGAAACCGUAAGUUAGAAGGGAAUGAAUUGUUUUUAAACCUUUUUAGUCGUAAGUGAAGUUCGAUCGUUACCAGUUUUUCAUCCGAGUGUAAUUUUCACCAUUUAAUGUAGUUAAAAAGUGCAAAUCGAUGAUGUGAAUAGCUAUACACUGUAGCAAAUAUAUUUGCUUGCUUUUGUAAUAUAAUUGAUGUUUUAAAAACGGCUAUUGAAAUAAAUAUACCGAUUUAUACACGACUUACGGUUUUACAAGACAUCGAAUUCUAUUUUACACUGGAGCAGCAAUUGUCACAAGUAAUAAUUACCAUCUAGCUGUUAAUUAUUUGCUACAUGGUUAUUCCUUCUCGGAAACCGGUUUUCCGGUCAGUUUAGUAAAAAUAAUCAAACAUUCUUUCAUCUUAACACUUAAAAAAAAAAUUAAAGUAAUUUGGAUAGUUUCAUUAAGUGGAAUAUGAAGAUGUAACUCCUAACUUUCUUAGAUUUAUAGUCUUUAAACGGAAUAUUGAUUCAUCAAUUCUGUUAUCAAUCACGGUAAAGUUCUAUUACGGCAUAUUACCAUGACCUCUGCUAUUUCAGUUUACAUCCCGUACACUUUUACACAAUUAACACAUUUUGUUUUUCGAUGUAUAGUUGAAUAUUGUAUUAUCUGUUUUCUCAUAUACACAAUAGUGACCUAUCAUUUGAUUAACAAUCCGAAUUUGUAUCGUAGCCAUGAAAGACGAACGGUGUAACUGGCCACGGGGCAAAGUGCUAGGUGGGUCCAGCGUGCUGAAUUACAUGAUGUACGUGCGGGGCAACCGAAUGGACUACGACAAUUGGCUGAAGCAGGGAAACCCGGGCUGGGGAUAUAACGACGUACUGUAUUACUUCAAAAAGUCCGAGGACAAUCGGAAUCCUUACCUGGCCAGAACACCGUACCAUUCGAUGGGCGGUUACUUGACCGUGUCCGAAGCGCCCUACAAGACGCCGCUGGCUGACGCGUUCAUCAGGGCCGGCCAGGAGAUGGGGUACGACAUACGGGAUAUAAACGGCGAACGACAAACGGGUUUCAUGAUUCCGCAGGGGACGAUUAGGAGAGGUGCCCGAUGCAGUACGUCCAAGGCGUUCCUGAGACCGGCCAGGCUUCGGAAGAACUUGCACGUGUCUAUAAACGCGCAAGUCACCCGCGUGGCCUUGGAUCCGACGACAAAGGUCGCAUACGGCGUUGAGCUCAUCAAAGGUAACACCCGGUACUUUAUCCGAGCCGGCAAAGAAGUGAUAUUGUCCGCGGGUUCUAUCGGAUCCGCGCAGCUGCUCAUGCUCUCUGGAAUCGGUCCCAAGGAUCACUUGACAGAAAUGGGCAUACCCGUUUUGGCCGAUUUGGACGUCGGGAAAAACCUUCAAGAUCAUGUGGGACUCGGCGGUCUAGCGUUUCUCAUUAACAAAGAGGUAAUUGAAAUUUUUUCGUUUUAAAACCGGACGUGAAAUACCAUACAUUUUAUUUUUCAACUAUACACAUCACUGCCCAAGUCGAGAUAUAAAUUAAUUAGAUAUCGUUUUGAUAAAAAAAUAUGUAUACAAAUUACUAAUAUGGAUUAUUUUAGAUAUCUCUAACGCAAGAAAGGGUUGAAAAUGUUCAAACGGUUUUGAACUACGCCACGAUGGGUGACGGACCGUUGACAGUCAUGGGAGGCGUCGAGGGAUUGGCUUUUAUCAACACUAAGUACGCUAACCGUUCGGUCGACCAACCGGACAUAGAGUUGCACUUUGUGUCCGGUUCCACGAAUUCCGACGGCGGUGUGCAGCUAUGGAAAGCGCACGGGCUUAAAGAAAAUUUUUACAAAACCGUUUACGAACCAAUCAACAACAAAGACGUUUGGUCCGCUAUACCUGUAAGUAAAAAUAAUUUAAUAAAGAUGGAUUGUCAAAUUUUCUCCUAAAAUAUAAAAUAUUGUAUUAUGGGUCUGCUGACAGCAUUACUUAUUAAAGGUGUUUUGUAUAUUAAUGUGGAAUGAAUUUUUAGAAGUAACAUAUUUAACGUAGUAUGUAGAGUUGUUACACAGAGAGUAGGUACUAUGAUAGUAAUGUGCAAGUCUGAUGAACCGCGUUAAGAGGACGUCACGCUGUUUUCAGUCGUCUUUUAUUAUAAAGUGAUAUAAUAUUACUUACUACAAAUAAUUAUUGAAACUAUAGGCUAUAAUUUAUACAGACCUACUUUGUGUAAUAUUAAGAAUAUUAUCUGGAUAAUGACGAAGCUAGUUUUUAAUAUUAUUUAGUGGUUGUACCUAUACCUAAGCUGGUUAAGGGGAUUGCAGUCGUUGAAAAAAAAAGUAGUAUUUAGACCGAUCGAACUGUAAUCUGUAGCACCUGGAUUUGGAAUAAUUAACAAGUUUACUCGAUUUUGACGGAGGCAAUUUAAAAUUUUUCUUGAACUAAAAGUACUUGCAUAUUUACAUGUUAUAUAUUAUUGUAAAGAAUAUAGACAAAUACCAUAUUUUUGUUUGUCGAUAUCUCAGCUGAAAAAAAUACAUGUUUAAAAUCGUCUCUGUCAUAACCUAGUAAACUAAGUUUCAAAAUUAAAAUCUAUCGAACCUGGUCCGUCUAGUUUUAUCCGGUUUUUCCGUCUAAAACGUCAUAUUCGUUCGUAAAACCGGCUGUACCCCUUCCCUAUAAACUGGUAUCAGACAGUAUAUCAGGGAAAAAUGACUGAUUAUUAAAAUGUAAACAAAAAGUUGAAGACAAUUUUGAAAACUAAUUCAAAUUCCUUAAACAUCGGAGAGACAUUCAAACAUUUCAAAAUUUCGAAUACAUAAUAAUCGUCUGUAGUAUAAAAUAUCAUAAAAUAUAAUAAUAAGGCAGUAUGCCAAUAUACAGUUACUUACAAUAAUAUUAUGUUGACCUGUCAAAACACUAGCGAAAAAAAUAUUUCGACGUGCACCUUAAAAUAAUGGUGACGAACUCGUGGGUGUGACGUCUUCCUCCUGUAAUGCAUACAAUCAUAUACAGUAACGGGUACUGGAGUUGUGGUGGUACAACUAUGGAAUAAUAAAACAAAUAGAAAUGAUGAAAAAUCGAAUCUGUUGUUUCGUGAUGUAUACGAAAAAAAAAGAAACUAGAAAAUUAAUAAUAAAAACAAUAUACAGUAGUAAAUGAUACUCCACGAAGAUAUAUACCCAUUGCAAUAUCUCCGGAGAUAAUGAAGAUAAACAUAUUCUAUUUUUUUUUUUUUUUAAGCAUAAAUAUUUGUAUUCAGUAUCCCUGCGAGUAAUAUAAAAAAAAAAAACAGAAUUUUAUUAUCUUUAUUAAGAUAUUGUAAUGCGUGUAUUUUUGAAUCUUUGUGGAACACCCUGUAGCUAUCUAUUAAAUCGAACUGAACGCUUGAUUCUUCAUGUGAAAACUUCUGUAAUUCGAAGAAAACUAACAUUUCGCCACCUAUACAAAUCGAUAAGUAUGAGAUGAUGGGUGACACUAUAUUAAUACAAUACCUAAUAUGUAUAAUGUGUAUAGAACAUAUAAUAUUAUGUAUGCUUUUUGGACGGAAUUUCUGUAAUAACAUUGUUGGUUACAAUAGUCAAUAAUGUGCAUGUUUUUAUUUGUUGUUGAAAAGACUUAAAUAUACGUAACCAGGUCCUGAUUAAACUGGCAAGUUACCGAGAAAUGUCGGUGGAUAACGCACAAUUAUUAUACUUGUUUUCAAUUGAAUUUAUGUCAAUUUUAUUUGUUUUAUAUAAUUUUGGGCUGAUGAAAAUCGAAAACUCGGUGGACCUACCUACAAGAGUGCCCGCAGAAAUAUAAACCGGGGGGGGGGAGCAAAGUCAAAAGUAUAAGACUAGGUCCAGGGCCUAUAAAUUCUCUAUUCAGCGCUGUACGGAACACUUCAAAAGAUGCCUAGGCAAUUGAGUUUGACUUUAGAGAGGCGAUUUUACGAUUUUCCUCAUGAAAACGUGAAUAAAAAGGAUAAAUUUGAAAUCAAUAUCAAUUAUUUCAUCGUGAAAACAAUAUUCUCCCAGAGAAUUGAAAUUAUUAUUUAUAUCAAAGUAUGAGUAGGUAUUUAACAUCAUAAAAACUCUAUCAGAAACUUUCGAACAUAUUUUUUUCCUGACUACUUCUUCUUCUCACUGUUCAGAAUGGUUUUCCGGAGUAACUUUAAAUAUUUAAAACAGAAAUUAUUUAUUUAAUUUUUCGGAUGCGGUGUGUUUUUUUUUUUCUAAUCGCAUUUUGAUUUUCGUUUUCGUACACCAGAUGCUGUUGAGGCCCAAGAGCCGCGGUGAAAUACUUUUGCGGAACCCCGAUCCGUUCGAGUAUCCGAAAAUCGUGCCGAACUAUCUCACCGCCCAGGAGGACAUCGACACUUUGGUGGAAGGCGUCAAGUUCGUGGUGGCCAUGUCCCGGACCGCGGCGUUCCGUCGGUACGGUAGCCGGCUGCACAGCAUACCAUUCCCUGGCUGCGUGACCGUGCCGCAGCACACAGACGCCUACUGGGAGUGCAUGGUCCGGCACUAUACCGUCACCAUAUACCAUCCGGUGGGCACGGCCAAAAUGGGGCCCGAAUGGGACAAAACAGCGGUGGUUGAUCCGCAGCUCCGUGUGUACGGCGUCAACGGGCUCCGGGUGGUGGACGCGUCCAUCAUGCCCACCCUGGUCAGUGCCAACACCAACGCUCCGGUCAUAAUGAUUGCGGAAAAAGCCGCAGACAUGAUUAAAGAGCAAUGGCUCAAGAGCAAAUGAUAAUACGACGGGAACAUAUUUAUUAUAAUAGUUUGUUAUUAUUUAUUUGUUUAAUAAAAAAUACUUAUGAAUGGAUAUAUGUAAUACCUACCUAUGGCUAUAUCGCAUAUCCUACAUAUGUAUAACAUAACCUAACUGCUAUAAGUUUUUGUUUUUCAAACUUUAAAAUUAUUUCCGUUCACGUGUACAAAUGUUUAAAAUUUACUGGGUGAUUUUCGUAUUUUUUUUUUUUUUUAUCACGAACCGUCCACUUUAUCAGUCAAUCUUUUGUGGUUGAUUUUUUUUUUUUUUUGAAGUAAUUGUGUUUGAUUUACAUAACAAUAAAAAAUUUUUUUUUUCAAAAUACAUUAUUUUCAAUUAUUUAUCUUAAGUUUUUUUAAAUCUGUAUAAAAUCUAAUAGAAUGUGAUACCCACACGUGUCGUCUUAUAAAUGUGUGAUAUAACAAAUGUACGUUUUAAUAUUAGUGGCGAUUGACCCAUUUUUCAAUUUAAAGAUAAGAAUUAGGUAUAUGCUUGACUUGGAAAUAAAGUAGUAGAGGCACUCUUGUGAACCAGUAAUGUUUUAAUAUUUCAGUAAAUCGAGGGUAAUUUUUUUUCUUUAAAAACUAAAUAAGUGAAAUCCAAUUUUUAAAUUUUAUUUGUUUAAUGAAAAGAAAAAAACUAGAUUUAUAAAAUAAAAAGUCGAUCUAAUCUUAAAUAAAUAGUUGAGAAGGUAGGCUAUACAGGGUAAUUUGGUUUUAUGCACCUACUGUAUGCAACGAUUAAUCAAUAUAAUUGGAUAAUAUCAAUUGGAAAAUAAGAUAGUCUAAGGGUAUCAUUAUAAAUGUGUGUGGUGUGAGAAAUUAUAGUUUUUGUGGGAAAAGUUUUUUAACUAUGUAGUACCUAUGCUUAUGAAUACGGAAUACCUACAUAAUAAAAUUAAUACUUUAAAGCAGUGAUUUUCAACCUUUUUGAGUUCACAGCUCUCCUGAUUUUGAAAACCAAAUUAGCGGCUCCUUUACAAAUAAUGAUAAUAAUAAAAAUUGAAAAAAACCAAAUCGUCUCUUGAUAAUAAAUCACGGCAUCCCUAGGAGUCACAAUGCACAGGUUGAAAACUACUGCUUUAAAGGAUUAAUAUCUAGAUACAGGGAGAUCAACAUAACGUAAGACACCCAUUAUUUCGGAAAGUAUUAACUUUUUUUCGGAAUUUGCUAAUAGCACAGAGGCAUACUAAUAAUUUUUUAAAAAAAAAAUAUAUCAAAAAUAUUGAGUAGAACAAAAGUUAUUUUAAGUGGCAGAUCAUCGUGGUACACCCUGCAUAUGUAAUAAAUUUUAAUUUUUGAUGUAACAGUUUUGUUGAACUGUUACAUGUUGCAUAUUUGUUUUGAUACACAGGUAUGUGCACCUAAACAUUUUAGAUCUAAACUAUUUAUCUCUUAAAUUACCUAAAACACAAAUCUGAAAAAUACUAAUAAUUUCAGAGAUAAAGAGUAUAUUACAUUUUUUUAAAUCUUUCUAUACAUUAAUUUCAUUAUGUACA